UAAGAGAGUUGCUGAAGAGGAGGGGCUGAAACCACAUCACAUUUUCGCCGACGUCACUCUCCGACUGAUGGCCGACAAACUUCCGAUGACGCGCGAGGAGAUGCUUGAUAUAGAAGGAGUAACGGAGUACAAGAUGGAGACAUUUGGAUCGCAUUUCUUAGAGUUAACACUAGCGUAUGCCGGAGCGGCAAUAUUUACAUCCGAAGAUAAUAUGAUCAGUGAUGGCGAUGAUAUGAUGGAGGCUGGGAGACAGGACAAUGAAGACGAUUGUGCAUCUCCUUACUGGGCGGCAGCCGGCAUUAAUUUUACCACCUCUAACGGAAAAUCGAAAAAGUUUAGGCGGAAACGAAAUUUUAAUGGGAAAAAGAAAACGAAAACUCGAUCAAAAAACAAUAAGACUGACGCCAAGAAGACUGACGCCUCUUCCUACAACGCCAACAAUCACAUCAGCAAUCCUACAGUCAACAAGUAUCGUGAUUUCUCGAAGAAACGAAAUCUUGGUUCGGGCAGAAGAUUGCCAGGAUUCCUGAGCAUUCCUGCGAAAAAAUGAACCAUCCUGGUAGGAACUCGCCAACCAAGGUCAGUCACGUUGCUGGCUUGACUGCAGAGGUCAUGUGACAGUUCUGUAUUCACGUCCUUCCAUCGAUGCACCUAAUCCAGUGAACUCACUUAAUCUGCCAAGUUGCUAUGGAAACAAUGACGAAUACGCUUGCGAGUUGCGAAGCUAUGCCAAAAAUUGUUUGUCCUUUCACAGCCAGGACGUGCGAAAUCUUCAUUGCGAAUAUAAAGAGUAAUCUUUCAUACUCAUCGAUUAAACCAUAAGCCAAAUCAAACAAGAUGCCAGAGUUUAUUAUAACUGAUUUAGCUAAGACCUUGGGAUAAUAAGAAUUAAAUAUGAAACGUUUUGACCU